AUGCUCGUGAAAAUGGAGGCACACGGAUAUAAACAAAAGCAUUAUCGCAGAUCUGAAGAAGAACUGGCGUUGAUGCGCUUGCCCAAGCGGUUGGCCUAUAUACUGAGGUACGGCGUUCUCAAGGAGGGUUUGCAAGCAGACGAGAAUGGGUUUGUGAACUUGGACUGUCUGCUCCAGCUGGAGUUACUUCAGGACUACACCAGGCAGCAGGUUCUAGGGGAGAUUGUUUCUUCCUUAGGCUACCGGGCGGCUCAUCGGUAUAACUGGUGUGACAGAGAUGGUCAAAUGUUUGUGCGAGCUUCAUAUCUGAGGAACUUUGAAAAGAGCCCAUACCACGGUGGAACCAAGAUCUACACACUGUUUGAAUGUGCAAUGACACAAGUCCUUGACCACUUAGAUGAUUAUGAUCUACAAGACUUCCCUGAUGAAUACAUCAUUACGACCAUGAUUCAUCGACUGAAACGACAGAAGAAACUGAGCCUAAAAUCACUGAAGACAUUGCUGACUCCCACAUUGACACAUCUAGACCUGGAGGGAAUCUACCUGACCAACAACAUCUUUCGUGCAGUGUGGACACAGUGUCCUCACCUUGUUGCUGUCAGCCUAAAGAACUGUGGCUACAUUGUGACUGACACCGUUCUUGUCCAGUUGACAAAGAACUUACCCAAACUGCAGAUUCUCAACUUGAAUCGUUGCAACCACCUCACUGUCAAAUGUUUGACUAUUUUAUCCAGACACUUGCCUCAUCUGCAAGUCCUGCACAUCUGUGGAGUUCCUUCAUUGACCUACGAGGCUGUGCUACAUUUCAUGAUGUCUUCUAACCAGCUGAAAUUCCUGGAUGUAUAUUACCUGAGAACCAGCCUAGAGGAAUACCAAACCCUAACCACAGUUGCUAAAGAUCAAGGUCUGCAGGUUGUAAUCAGACAAGCAAGUCACAACAGGCCACCAGGGCUAACAGAAGAUAAUGACCAGGCUGAAAGCAACUCUGAUGGAGAAGAUGUAGAUGAAGACAGUGAAGAAGACUGA